AUGUUGAGCUUUUCAAAAAAAAAAUAAUACCCAAAAACACAAGAUGAAUUAUCAGGAAUGCUGAUCGCUAAGAAUGCCCCAAUAAGAAAUUAUUCAACAUGUAAUUCUAUUUAUUAUGUUAAUUCAGCAACAAGAAAUUCAAGGAUUUCCUAUUAGACAAAAUAAUAAUAAUCUUAGAAUUAAAGUGAAGAUAAAGGAAUUACUAGUAGAACUUUUUCUGUAAAUGAGGUGACAGAAUUACCAUAAAUAUCAAAACCAACGAACAUAAUUCUUAAAAGACCUAAGUUUAUUCCCAGACCAAAAUAACAAUUGAGAAAGUUAAUUCAUGCUUAAACAUCACCUACGAAUCUUGAAUCAGAAAGAAAGUAAUAGUAGUUAAAUUAGAUAGAGUAAUUUAAAUUCCCUAUCAUUCCAAACUAUUAAUUUGAAUGUAGAUGCAGAAGAUGUUUAUAUAUUAUAUAAAGGAUUCAGGAAUUUAUGUUAAUUCAAUAAGAUAUGUAUAAUAAGUUAUAGUCUUGUAUAUUUUCAAUUUUAUGAUAGCUAUUUGGUGAAUAUAACUGUCAAUAUUUUAGUAAUACUUAAAAUCCAUAAAUAAAGCCUUUAAACAAUAAAUAACUGAUAAUGAAAAUUAGAACAGAAUCUAUUUUAGUCUUACAAUUGAACCCAAAUCAGAAACUUAAUUCUUUACAAAGCACUUAAAUUGAUUGGUUUGAUUGUAUAUACUCGACUAAAAAUUAUCAUCCAAAAGAAACAUUGAGUAGUGAACUCAACCGAAACAAUCUAUGGAUCAAUAUCUCAAAGAUUCAAAAUCUAUUUAAAAUACAGCAUAAAAUUGUUAAUUACUUUUAUAUUGAUAUCAUUUAUUGUGAUCCAUCUAAUAUUAUUGAAGCUGAUAAUUUUAUCAAUAAGAUAUUAUUAAUUGAUGAUGAAAACAUUAAAUUAUUUCAUUUAUUUGUAUAUGCACCAGCAAAUCUCUAAAUGGUUAAUUAAAGAUUGUAAGAUAUCUUUAGAAAUGGCUCAGUUUAAGAUUUGCAAUAAUUGAAUUUAAAAGAAAUGAUUGAAAAAAAUAAUUUAGAAAUGUAAUUAGUUUAGAUCAGAGCUAAGCAACUUAAAUAUUUAGAAGAUCUUAAAAUUAAGACUAAAUAACACUUUAAAAAAUUGAAUUUUAAUUCUUUUCCUUUGACCCCUGAAUAAAGAGCAGAAAAGUAAUAUGAAAAAAUAUGAUUAGAAUGAGAAACUAAAUUGUAGAGUAUAUUAAGAGUAAUUCAAAAAUAAAAAUAGCUAACAUGCAUUUUGUUGUAGGUGAUACUAUAAUGAGAAAUAUAGAAAUGUUUAGAAAUCAUGAAAAUGAUAAAUUCUACAGACAUUAAGAAACUAUUUAGUUAAUUGAUCAUCUAAUGAAAAAUAGUUUACCAAACUUUUAGAAUAAUAAUAGCAAAGCAAAUUAUGCAUUCUAUUGUUUAUGA